CGGGUUGCUUUGUCUUCUUGCGUCGCGUCUAAAGCUUCGUAAAUAAACAGCGGUGGAAAAAAUUUGUUUUCUUUUCAAAUAAUAAACAACUGGCAAACAAUAGUGCACCGCUUUAUUGUUGUUGGUGGUUGGAUAGUCCAUUUACGUCUAGCAGCUUGUGUAUCGUUCCUUUAUACAGAAAGGUAUUGCAAAACAAACGCAGCAAGCUUUGUUUUCAGUCAGCCUUCUCGACAACAACUCCGAGCAAAGCACAGAAAAGAACAGAAACCAUGUCGUUCAAGGACAACGAAGAACCGAAAGCAUUCCUGAUCUGGAACCGUCAUCCUCUGACCCCGACGACAAUCGUGGGCCGGGAAUCGCCAACGCCACUGGUCGAUGGUUUGACCCGGUUCAACUUUGUGUACGGAACGGAACCAUCGGAAUACUCACCCCUGCAGGCAGGAGACAUCACUCCAAUCAAUGAGGCCACCGGAUUGGACGAACUGGAGGAGAUCGAGCGAUCCAUGGCCACUUCCAGAAGUCCCGUUUACAACAUCAUACAAAACAAGAUGAAUCUUUGCGAGAAACGAGGUCCGAAAUUCACUUGCCGAGAAUGUCGCUACGUGGGACACACCCGUCUCAGCAUGGUCACCCACAUGAAGAUGCACCUCAGGCCAUUCUGUGAGGUUUGCUUCAAGUUGUUUGAAUCCAAAGAUGCUGUGCACAAUCACAUCGAAUCCAAACAUCCGGAAGUGGUGAUUCGUGAACAGUCUCCUCUACCGCCCUCUGGAGAUUUCUACUGCUCUCAAAUGGUUGCCCCUCCAAACACACCGAAUCCGGCGUCCGACGACGAAAUGGUCUCGUUGGAAGAUCUGCUGAACCCAGUCGGUAAAGUGGCGGUCGGUGUGGCCGUGGUUCAAAAGCUUUUGAGCACCGAGGAAACGGAUGGCGGGGUCAGCACUGAAGACGAGCACCGACUGGUCAUCGAUGAACAACAGUCGGUUCCAGGCUCAAGUCGUCGGCGUCCUAAAGCUAAAAGUACUAUAAAACGACCACUCAAGAAGAAGCACAACAAAUCCAAACUAAAGGACGUAAGUAAUGCCCCGGAUAAUGUGAUGAAAAAAAUCACUUCCCGGUUCGGGCGGUCCAUAAGUCUGAAAAUGCCGCAGUUCUAGGAAGGGGCCCUCUGUAACACCGAUAUAAACCGUCUAAUCUGAAUUAUGUUAAAACGACAUUUACAUUUUAUGUUCUGUACCUUUGUUACGUUAUGAAUUAAACAACCUGGAAUUGAAGAAGGCUUGAUCUUUA